UUCCAGAUCGCGCUUGCCAGUUUCUACGAGGACGGGGGUGACGAGGACAUUCUGACUCUUCCCCAGCCGGCACCCAGCUCUAUAUCCAGAGGCACUGCAGCCAGUGACCAUAGAGUAACAUCGUUUAGAGACCUUGUUCAUGCGCAGGAGGAUGAUGAUGAAGAGGAGGAGGGACAGCGGUUUUAUGCCGGCGGCUCAGAGAGAAGCGGACAGCAGAUCGUUGGUCCUCCGAGGAAGAAGAGUCCCAAUGAGCUGGUGGAGGAUCUCUUCAAAGGAGCAAAGGAGCACGGUGCAGUGGCGGUCGAUCGGACGGCCAAGAGCAGUGGCGAGACUAGCAAGCCUAAACCUUUCGCAGGGGGAGGGUAUCGCCUUGGGGCUACUCCAGAGGAGGAGUCUGCUUAUGUGGCGGGAGAGAGGAGACAGAACUCUGCUCAGGAUGUGCAUGUUGUACUGAAGCUCUGGAAGAGUGGAUUCAGUCUGGAUAGCGGAGAACUGAGGAGCUACCAGGAUCCGUCCAAUGCCCAGUUUCUUGAUGAUAUCCGCAGAGGGGAAGUCCCGGCAGAGCUGCGCAGGUUAGCACGGGGCGGACAAGUGAACCUGGAUAUGGAGGAUCACCGUGAUGAGGAGUACGUGAAACCCAAAAGUGUCUUCAAAGCUUUUACUGGAGAAGGACAGAAGCUGGGCAGCACUGCGCCCCAGGUGAUGGGCACCAGCUCGCCAGCCCAGCAGGCAGAGAAUGAAGCCAAAGCCAGUUCUGCCAUCGCUAUUGAUGAGUCGGAGCCCGUCACCAACAUCCAAAUCCGGCUCGCUGACGGUGGGCGUCUGGUCCAGAAGUUUAACCACAAUCACAGGAUCCGUGACAUCCGGCUCUUCAUAGUAGAUGCUCGGCCAGCGAUGGCUGCCACCAGUUUCGUCCUCAUGACCACCUUCCCAAAUAAAGAGCUGACUGACGAGAACCAAACCCUGAAGGAAGCCAACCUGCUCAAUGCUGUCAUUGUUCAGCGGUUAACAUAAAGGGACCCACCUCUCGCCACACGCCUGCCUGCAGUGCGCAUGUGUCGUCCCGUCCUGUGCGUGCACCUGCGCCGUGCAACACAGGCUCACAUCUACUCGUAGCUCUGGGUUCUUAGGUCUUGGUUGGACUUUUUUUCUCUUUAGUUGCAUUUCCCAUGGGGUUUUUGUUUUUUUGUUGGGGUUUUUUUUUUUUUGUGAUGAUGAUCAGUGGACUUUAAAAUAAAUAAACGAAACGAAUCCGUUUUGAAAGGAGCUGCAGCCUAUUGUGCCACAAGUUCUCCCACGAGAGUUCAGUUACCUUUGUGGAUUGCAUUACUGCCCUCUUUAGAGGGGAGGAAGGUAAGGGGGAAGGGAGCUCCCAGGGAGCAGUUUCUGUCCAUUGCCAAUUGACUGCUCAUCACAAUCUUUUUGCUCUUCCCUCUCCUCCAGGGACUGCUGCAAAGUACGCCCUUUAUUUUCGCACGUUAAAUAUAAACUAUACGAGAAUGGGUGAGCUGAUUGUCAGGAUAAUGUUACACUAAAAGCAUUGCGGGGGAAGUCUUUGUGAAACAGCUGUUGCUCAGUGUGGGGAAAAACUCCGUGUGUGUGCAGGUGCACGGUUUAACACUCUUCUUGGGCUUUUCCGGAGAGAAAGUCCUGACUUUCCUUCCCUCAGCAGAACUCUUAGGGGCGUUCGUUGCAGUACCCCCCUGCUCUGCCUGCACUUUCUCGAGCAGUCCAGACUGGCUGCAGUUUUAAUUUGCCGUAUUGCAUUUCUCUGAGAAACCCUGCUGCUGACUUUUUCUUUCCAAGAAGGCACAAAGCUGAAUCAGCUUGAAGUGACUGAAAGUAAAAGGCAAAUGGAGUCUAUCUUACUGGAAAGCAAGUUUUAUUUUAAGAGGUGAAUUGUUGAGAUGGCAACAGCUCAGGUGGAAAAACUCAAGGCUGUAGUACCCUUUGAUUUUUUUUUCCUCUCCUCUGCUGAGGACUGACAUAGCUGAACACCUGGAAUUCUCCAGCUUUGGUCUGUUCCACUGUUUGUGUUUUGGGCUCAGGUGUCCGUAUCUUUCUUUCCUUUGAACAGAAUCCUGCGGGUGAAUUUGUUACGCUUAGAGAUGAGGGACUGGUAGCGCUGGUGUAGCGUCACGCGUACGAGUUGCCAUCUAGCGUUGUGCCACGGCACUUUGCACCGACCCGCAGCAUGCUUGCUAUCCUAGCCCUGGGCUUCGGAGCAGAACUCACAGCUGUGCUGAGCUGUGGGGCUCCAGAUUCCAGCUAACUGGGAGCUGCGCUGCACCCAGCGGUAUCCCGUUGAGAGAGGCUGGAUCGCUGCCGGGUGAAGGGUUGGAGCGUACCGUCCGCUUCCCGCCUUAGUCACGCUGGAGCCCUGCGGCUGCUGCGCUGUAAGUCCACCCCCCUCGGCACUCGGAAGCGUCCAGGUCCUCACCUUGGUGCGAGCAGAGAACAAGCUGUAGGGACAUGCAGGCUGGGGGAGGGCCAGCAGGUUGGACAGGUUCAGCAUGAGAAACUCGCUUGGCUGCCCCUGUUAAUACAAAACUGCGGGAGUAGAUACCAGACCUUAGCAAGGGCAUUUUUACAACAGGUUCUCAACCGAGAGCUGGAUUAACUUACAUUAUAUAUCCAUUUAGUAAUGAAAAAUGUGUGUAACAGCGAAUUUGUAAAUUAUUGUGAAAAUUACCAUUAAAAGCCCGCAAAAUAGGAAA